UUCUAUUGAAACGAGUAACAAUGGCAGUAACUUGUUCCGACAUUUGUAAACUUUUAGCAGCUUUUAUACUUCCUCCUUUGGGUGUUCUUCUGGAAAGAGGUUGUUGGCAUUGUGAUUUCUAUAUCAAUAUCUUGUUAACUCUUCUUGGUUUCAUUCCUGGUAUAAUUCACGCUAUCUAUAUCAUUUUGAAGUAUUAAUAUCCAUGGAUUAUCUUUUGUUAUGCUCCUACACUAUUAUUUACAUAUAUUUAAU